UUACAAAUCUUUUUCUAAAGCCCCACAAAAACAAAAACAUAAACAUCUCUCUCUACCUCUUUGUACCCACACACACAUACAAUGAACAAAGUGGUUGCUUUUAAGCUUCUCUUUCUGUUUCUCCUCCCCAUCCUGGUUUCUUCAGAAUGUACGUGUGAUGAAGAUGCUAACGACCGGAACAAAACAGAAGCGUUAAAGUACAAAGUGGUAGCAGUUGCUUCGAUCUUGCUAGCAGGAGGAAUCGGAGUAUCUAUCCCUAUUCUGGGCAAAAUAAUCCCUGCUUUCCACCCGGAAAACAACGUGUUUUUCCUAAUAAAAGCAUUCGCGGCUGGUGUCAUUUUAGCGACGGGAUUUGUACACAUAUUACCAGAUGCAUUCGAUAGCUUGUCGAGUCCGUGUUUACCAGAAAAACCAUGGGGUGAUUUCCCUUUUGCUGGACUUAUGGCGAUGAUUUCAGCUAUAGGGACGAUGAUGGUUGAUUUAUUAGCGACGAGUUUUUAUAGAAAAGCUCAUCUAACGACGAAACAAAAACCUAUUAAUAGUGAUGAAGAGAAAGGAGGACAUGGACAUGGACAUGGACAUGUUGAUGUGCAUACACAUUCAACUCAUGGACAUGCUCAUGGUUCUGUUUUGUUGUCAUCUGAGGGUUCUGAGACAUUGGAUUUAUCUCGUCGCCGUGUUAUUUCACAGGUAUUGGAAUUGGGAAUUUUAGUCCACUCAGUAAUAAUUGGUGUAUCUUUGGGUGCCUCAGAGUCUCCCAAGACAAUUAAGCCCCUUGUAGCAGCAUUAACUUUCCAUCAACUCUUUGAAGGCAUGGGUUUAGGUGGCUGCAUAUCUGAGGCAAGAUUCAAGGUAAAAAAAACUGCAAUCAUGGCAAUUUUCUUCUCCCUCACUACACCAAUUGGAAUUGCUAUUGGAUUUGGCAUAUCAACUGUGUAUAGUGAGACCAGUCCAACUGCACUUAUAGUUGAGGGCAUUUUCAACUCUACUGCUGCUGGAAUUUUGAUUUAUAUGGCUUUAGUUGAUCUCCUAGCAGCUGAUUUUAUGAGUAGUAGAAUGCAAGAUAGUCCAAAACUUCUUAUUGGAGCUAAUAUUUUUCUUCUUCUUGGUGCUGGUUGUAUGUCACUUUUGGCUAAGUGGGCCUAAAAAAGAUUAAUAUAGUUAGAAUUUAGAAAAUAAACAAGA